GCAUUCAGUUUCCAACACUCAACUCGCCAUGUUGCAUCUCACUACGAGGUUGUUGUCGUUGCUGCUUCUGCUGGCUGCACUGACCAACGCUGAGGUUGUCAACUUCCAGCCCUGCGCGGAUAGUGUGGAUACGUGCACCAUUGAUCAGGUGCGGGUGGAGCCGUGCGCGCAGGCGGAACAAAACGCUGCUUGCCAUAUACGCCGUCGCCGUCCGUCCACGAUAUCCUUCGAGUUUACGCCCAAGUUCGAUGCAGACCGUCUGGAGGCUUCCUUGGGCUGGGCAAAAAGUGAAACGGAGGAGCUGCCUUUGGUUACCAUGGAUCGUGAGGCCUGCAAGGCGACCAGCUGUCCGAUUAAGGCUGGCGUUCAGCAAACCUACACACUGACUGUUCCCAUUGAGGCGAAGUUCCCCCUGAGAUCCUACACCAUACGCUGGGCCCUGAAGGAUCCCGUCACUUCCAAACGCUGCUGCUUCACUCAUGACAUCAAGGUGGUGCGCUAAUGCUAAUCCGAGUGCCAUGUGGUGCAAUAAAAUGCAGUUUUUUUGCUCUCAACAA